AUGCCAUCCAGGACCACGUCCAGUCUACUCGAAUCACGAUGGGCCCCGGGUCCAGAGGAGCUCAAGACGAGACGGUCAUCCUCCACGCCCCGAGGACAGAACCACCCACCCCCCUCGCAGGAGCUGGCCCGGUUCAUGAAAAUCGUCGGGCGAUUAAAGUGGAAAUUACCCUUCCUGGCGGAGGGUUACCGCCUUGCGACGCUCCCCGCGGACCGUGGCGUUGAUGUCGCCCAUGCGGAGAUCAUGUUCAAGAUUGAUUUCUUCGAGUACUAUGCACUUCUGGAGCGCGCGAUCGUGCAUUUACUCGGCGUCUUCGGCGUGACGGUCACUGGUGCUGUUACUAGAUCGCAGUCGACUCCGAGGCUUGGGAGGAAUAGGUCCCGAGUGGCUGCGCAUCGGUAUCAUGCCAAUGUUCUGGACACGCUAGAGGGGGAGACCUGUCCAUUGCAUGCUGUUCUCGGGAGUGGAAAUGUGCGUGAGCAGUUAAGGAAAGCGAAAGAACUUCGUAAUCGCUGGAAGACAGCCGAUAUGUCGAAAGAAGAGGCGGAGACAGAUCCGUUCCGUCGUCCGAAGGAGACGGCGAUGCCACUCGAAAGCUACGACUUCGACCAUAUUUUAUCAGAAAUCUUUAUCGGUUUAGAAGAUGGACUGGCGCUGGCUCGGGACCAUUUGGCCAGGGCCGAGAAUAGCACUGGCAAUGACUUGUCGGGCGAUUCGGAGGCCGAUUGGGAUUUCAUUGUCGAUGCUAUGGAUUGGGAGGCUGUGUGA